CCUUAGCUAGCCAAGUAACCAAGUAUGAUUUUUUUCUCAACUUUUUCCUUCCUAUAAAUUCUUCAUUCUUCAGAGUAAUUAGCCAUAACAUAACUCAAUAUUUUCUUCUCUUCUUCUUCUUCCAUAACCUUUGUUUUGCUAAGAUGACGAAACAAAAUAAUGCAGUAACACCAGAAUUUAAGUCAUGUAUUAACAAUCUUAUCUCUACUGUGGUGUUACCAAGUGCAGCUACCGUGCCAGAAUCUAUGGCUUUGAUUAAUGGGUUUUUGGGUUUUUCUCGUAAGAAUUUUACUAAGAGAUUAGAAGAAAGUAAAGUUAAUGCUUGGAUUGAUUCAAUGAGAGCUGCUUCUCCAACUCGUGUCAAAUCUUCAGAAAAUCAGGAAAAAUGUUCUUGGAUUCUUUAUCACCCUUCAGCACUGAAAUUGUUUGAUCAAAUAUUGUAUAGUGCAAAAAGAAAACAGAUAGUGUUUUUUCUUGACUAUGAUGGUACUCUCUCACCUAUUGUUGCCGAUCCAGAAAAAGCUUUCAUGACUAGAAAGAUGAGAGCAACACUUAAAGAUAUAGCAAGAAAUUUCCCAACAGCCAUCGUGACAGGAAGGUGCAGAGAGAAGGUGUUUAACUUUGUAAAAUUAGCUGAGCUGUACUAUGCAGCAAGCCAUGGCAUGGACAUUAUGGGACCAACAAAAAACCGAAGUGCUGAGAAAAGUAAUGUUAACAAAGCUGUGUUGUUCCAACCUGCAAGUCAAUACCUACCAAUGAUAGACGAGGUGUACAAAAUAUUGUUAGAAAAAACAAAGUCUGUCUCAGGAGCUAAGGUAGAGAACAACAAAUUUUGUUUGUCCGUGCACUUUCGUUGUGUUGAUGAAAAGAGUUGGGCUCCUUUGGCUGAGAAAGUUAGAUUGGUGCUUAAUGAAUACCCAAAACUUAAGCUAACACAAGGAAGAAAAGUGCUUGAGAUUCGUCCCACUAUCAAAUGGGACAAGGGCAAGGCUCUUGAAUUUUUGUUGGAAUCGUUAGGAUACAAGAACUCAAAUGAUGUAUUCCCAAUCUAUAUCGGGGAUGAUCGAACCGAUGAGGAUGCUUUCAAGGUUUUGCGUAGAAGGGGUCAAGGGGUUGGUAUUCUUGUUUCUAGUGUGCCAAAAGAAACAGAUGCUUCCUACACACUACAAGACCCAUCAGAGGUUGAGCAUUUUUUGCGGCGAUUGGUGGAGUGGAAAAGAUCAAGUAUUGUGAACCCCACAAGUGCAUAGAGUUGUAGAUUGUAGAUGAUGAUGAGUUCAAGGAAUUGACACCACUUUAGCUCAAAUUUGCUUAAAGGGGUGGAUCCAAUUGUAUCACUUUCUUUUUGAAAAUGGAAAAUUCCAUUGUUUCAUAAAUUUAUUUUCUCAGUUAUGUUUAAAUAAGCUGAGUUGAAAUGAAGAGUAAAACAAAUUUAAAUAA